GACGUGUGCGUGCGCGCUUGUGAAGGGAUCUCGGGUUGCUUGGCUGCUGAUGGUUCAUCUGUCUGGCUGCAGAAAAGAGUCCAUCGAAUCGGCUUUUCGUACUCGCUGUUCCGGGCAAGAAGAUCCUGACCGACGCGUGGAGUGGAACCAGACCAUCGUGGCAGGCGAAGGAAUCCUCCGCGCGGAAGAGAUCCAGAACAAGCGCUACCAGCAGCAGCAGCAGCAGCAGGAAGCAGACGGGACCCGUUAACGCUCUCGGCCAGAGGGUGAGAGCUCAAGCGAGCGUGUGAGAAAGAGAACGAAGGAUUCCGUUUUCGGUCGUCGGCGGCGGGCGGUGGUGGUGGCGUUCCCUCUGUGUGGGACCAUUGAUAAGGGACCUCAACACGCAUAUCGGCAACGGAGAAAAACUCGCAGUACACUCGGCGUGAGGUUGCUGCUGCAGCGGAAAUCAGCGAGAUACCGAGUGCGGCCCCAGUCGUCCGGGGGCUCCAAGCAACAGCAAUAGCCCCGAAAAAGCUACGUUAACAACGGGCCCUUGAGGACAAGACGGCCCCCCUCACAUCCUGUGGUUUGGGUUCGGAACCCCUUCGGCCAGCCGCCACGAUAAGCGUUGAUCAGCGUUUGCGCUGGCAGAAACGGCGGUGGAUUAUCGUCGCUAAGACAGUCGUCCCUUCGGUUGCGCCCAGAGUUUCUCGCCGCCCCCCGGAUAGGUGUCGCCUGGAAACAUGCGUGAAUACAAAAUCGUCGUCCUCGGCAGCGGCGGUGUCGGCAAAUCGGCCCUGACCGUGCAGUUUGUUCAGGGUAUAUUUGUCGAAAAGUAUGAUCCCACGAUAGAGGACAGCUACCGGAAACAGGUGGAGGUGGACGGUCAGCAGUGUAUGCUGGAAAUUUUGGACACAGCCGGCACGGAACAAUUUACGGCGAUGCGUGAUCUGUACAUGAAAAAUGGCCAAGGAUUCGUGCUAGUGUACUCCAUAACGGCGCAGUCAACCUUCAACGAUUUACAGGAUCUGCGGGAGCAAAUCUUGAGGGUGAAGGACACGGAUGAUGUGCCGAUGGUGUUGGUCGGUAACAAAUGCGAUCUCGAGGAUGAGCGAGUCGUGGGCAAGGAUCUGGGCAGGAGUCUCGCCACGCAGUUUAACUGUGCAUUCAUGGAAACGUCUGCCAAAGCCAAAAUUAAUGUUAACGACAUCUUCUACGACUUAGUGCAACAAAUCAACAAGAAAUCGCCCGAAAGAAAGCCCAAUAAAAAGAAGAAAUCGCUGUGUGUUCUUCUGUAAAAAAUGAAUCAUUUAUUAGGGCAGAAUGAAAAGUUUAACAAACACAAAUACAAUCCAUAGGAAAAAAAACCAGCAGUAAGUGCAGUGAACAAGAUUUAAAGAAAAACAAAAGAAAUAAAAUAAAAAAAUGAAGGUUGAGCCAGGCUUGGCGCAAGAGGGCGAGGCAACAGCGAGGAGAUAAUCAGUAAGGUUGCGAGAUAUGAAAGCGUCAUUAAAGGGGUUAAAAAUUAUGGAAUAAUUAAGAACUUUAAGGAAAGGUAAACGCAGUUAUAUAUACAAUUACAUACUAGACACACUACCAUUAAAUACACUCUACACACACACACGCGCAUAACACGAGUUCUCGUGACGACACGAUCGCACUGAGAGAUGAAGGAAUGGAUGAGACAGGCAGAGAGGGAUCACAACACACAUACACACACACAAACACACAUUUCACUCGGACACGAAAAAAAAAGGAAGGAGACGGAUGGUUGAGGAUCGUUGAGGAUCGUGUUUAAAUCGUUAAAUGCAGACAUGAAUUGAUUAUUAACGGAGGAAACAAAACAUGCACCUAUACAAACACGGACACAAGGAGCUGAUCAAAUGGAAUCAAAUUUAACAAUAGAGAGCGAGAGAGUGCACACACUGUGCGGCGGCAACAAGUAACGGUAACAUCCAUCCGGCGGUGGUGGUGCAACAGCAGAAAUACAGAACUGGGAUGGUUACAAGCCACACCAUGAUUCUGGAAGAUGGAAAUGUCGCAAACUAAUGGCGCUCGUGGCAUUUACGCAGCGAUCAUCGUGUCUUGAUCACGUGCAAGGGCGCAACGGCACCCCCAUCGUUUGACCGCUUGGAUGUUGUGACCGCUCUGGCAAGGGUAUAGUGGAGGGACGGAAAGGUUGCAAAUAGAGAUAACACGCGAAAGACAACGUUGAGUGACAAGUAAAAACCCGAUAGCACGUACUUGUUUUAUCGCCUAUACAUUUGUUUCUGAAAGAAGACAUUCACACACGUACACGAUUGGGCUGCCAUUCUAAAUAACACACCUA